GCGGGCUCUCAUGCCCUGCUUCCAUUGUGCUGUACAUUAGUCCAUUCUUUCAGCCAUCCAGCCAUGUAUCCUUUCAUCCCACCAGGCACCACAGUCUCCAGAUAAUGUCAAUUUGUCCCAAGUAAGGAACUUCUUGGAUUACUGACAUCUGUGCUGCAUCCCCUCCUCAGUCAGUUACCAUGGAGGAACUGCAGAGAAAACUGAAUCAACACUAUGAUGACACCAAGCCCAGAAAGGUGAGGUUCAAGCUAGCAUCCUCCUACAGCGGUCGGGUGCUGAAGCAUGUGUAUGAGGAUGGCCAGGAGCUGGACAGCCCAGAAGAGAUAUACCCUCACAGCUUCAUCCAUGGAAAGAUGUCUCCCAGUCACAUGGAGAUGGAGCAGCUCUGUGGGUUUGGGGAAUCCCACUUGGACCAGCAGGGUAUCCAUCCGCCAACAGGGCUCAUUGCCCAGAGAAUAAAUGUGUACAGAGGGAUGGGAGGCUACAAGCUGGCUGCUGACCAGACUGAGGAUGCAGAGAGAGAUGCCAAAUCCUCACUCUUAGACUUUGGCAAGAUAAUCAUUUACACCAGCAACCUGCGCAUCAUCAGAGCACCACAGAAGGAACCUGAGGUGUUGCAGCACCACACAGUGCCCUAUAUGGACUUGGAGGGAUACCCAAAGGCCAGGGAGACGGGAAGCAGAAGGAUGGCUAAAGUUUCUUGUGCACAGGAUGAGGAGGAAAAGGAGGAGAAACAAAUCAGUGACACAGAGACCAAGGAGCCAAACAGCUGCCAGCACUGUGGGGGUUCAGGCUGCGCUCCCUGCUCUCUGUGUCAUGGUAGCAAGCUGUCCAUGCUGGCGAACCGCUUCAAUGAGUCCAUCAGUGUUCUGCGUUGCCAAGCCUGCUACCCCCAUGGUCUGGAGAAGUGCCAGUCCUGCUCCAGCAAAUAGCACCAUUUGGCUGACACCCAUGUCUGGCAGAGAGUGAGUGAGUGAGUGAGUGAAUGAGAAUGUGUAGCUGUGAAUGAGCAUGUGUCUGAUGUGCUAUCGGUUUGUCAGAAUUGUCUCUGUGGCAAUAUUGCUCUAAUCCAAAAUGUUCUUGGUGGGGUGUUUCGAAGCACGACCAUAAGCCAUAACUGGAAAGGGGAAUUGUGAUUGUGCAGCAGGAACAAAAUCAUAAAGUACAAUUACUGUGCGCAGUAAACACGGCUUACAAUAACACAAACACAUAAUCACCCUUUUGUUGUCACACUAUUUUGCAUCUGCACCCUCCUUCCUGAUAAAACCUGGUUCCGCGAUAGAGUUAUCAUUUUAAUUAAAAUGACACCAACAUUUUGCAUUUUAGUUUUAUCUGCUGGGAAAGCUGCCCGGCUCCUAUUCCCCCUCUCUAUUCACUGGAGAGAAUGAAACAUGAUCAUCCCAACAUGAUGUGCUGUAUGAGGGUAAUUGGUGUUUUCUUUUUUCAAAACCUAGGGAAAAAGAGCUUGAAAGAUAAAGAGUUUGAGAUGGAAAUAAAGCAUGGUAAGAUUAAUCAGGGGGUUAUGAUAAAAGUGUACUCCACCCAAAUGAGGAGGCUGAUGGUGUGACUUGGGAGCAAUGCUCAUUCAUACAAACUCUGGCUGAAUAUAGCCAAUGUUGUGAAUAAGAUAAAAGUUACACAUCCAUAUACACAGUACUGAUAUUUGACAUGCAAAACACUGAUUUAAUAAGAUCCAUUUGUUAAAGAUUUAGAGAUGACAGAUAAGAAGAGAAGUGGAUAAAUUAAAUACUGCGGGCCAGCUCAGGGGGUUGAUGGUGAUUAUGGUGACACCUUUUUUAAUGGCCUCUUUUCAGAUUGUUGCAAUUACAACCUGUUUAGAAGCUUUAUCCACAUAGAUGCUUUUAUUGUGUUUGACGACUGCUGUUUUAAAGCAUACUGUAGGUUGUGUGCUGUUAAUUUUGUAUUCACAGGACAGUUAUAUGGCUAAGAUGCAUUGCUGACUUAGUUAUACCUUUAAAAGCAUUAACAACACGCCCAAAUGAAACGUUUGAUCAGAUUGUUAUGGUUGUAGUUUCUACUAAUCUAAAUGUAUUCUGCUGUCAGAGCAGCAACGUAAUGUAGAAAAUAAUUCCUUAAAAGUGUUUUCACAGUGGGUUAGGAAUAUCUGUGUGUUUCCAGCUGGAAAACUAAAUGAAACAUAACCAUAAAAACAAA